CAACGUCAAAGAAACGUCAACACACGUUUUUCAAAACACGCUUCACAGUUUGCUCUAAUUUACGUCGUAUUACCUUAAUUUUAAACAGAAAUGGCCCAAGGCAAACUAAAAGUAAAAAGCAAGCUGCCGGCGGGCGCGAAGAACAAGAAAGCGAAAGGUAAAGCCGUGACCAAGCGUCCUAACGCUCCAGUUAAAAGCAAGGCGACGGCUUUGGAGAGGAAUAAAAUGAAGGCGAAUGUUACGAAGAUGGUGAACGCGGUGGCCGAGAAGCAGCUGAGGUCUUUGGCUACGGACACGCCGCAGCUGUCGGCGGCGCAGCAGCGGGCGGCUUCUGCACCCACGGCGCCGGUGCCUGCGAAGUAAUAAUAAGUGAUUUUAAACCUUGUUUUUAUAAACUACAUAAAAACUACUAAAAUUACAGUUCGAUUUGCGAGUAAUAUUAGUAAGCUCAAUGGAGCAUUCCAUAAAAUUGUCUACCAUUGUCCUGUACAAACGCGAAUUUUCUGAUGUUUACGAUGUACAAGAAUUCCUUUUCUGUGAUUAAGUGUCAAAAAUACGCACAGAAAAAUAAGCGCCUUCUUUACAUGUUGAAAAAAAGUCGCAAUACAGUAAAUUAACACAUUCACUGCCGGGAACCCACCUGGUGGGCGCUCGUGAACUUUGUUCAGAUGCCGGACAACCUGCUGGGCGGGUUGUUUUGUACGCAGCUAUAGACCACCGGUUUCUGGGGUAGUGCGCCGUUUUUUCUCUGGCAGUGAAUGUGUUAAAUGCACCUGUACGUGACAGCAUGUGGAAUGCUCCAAUACAGAUGUGUGGUUGUGGGAUUAGUGUAACGGCCUUCUCAUUCGGACUGUUUAGACAUUGAGUAGUGCUUAUUGUAAGUUCAUACAUUUGCUAUUUGCUCCUGCUGCUAAACACUACUCUGUAUCUUUAGGUAUUUAAAUAAUAGUAAAUAAACAAUGUGUACAUUUUCAGGUAGUUAUAACAUUUAUUGGUUAACCAACCAAAUACAAAAUCGCCUGGAUCUGUCACUCUGUGUAAUCAAUGUCUAAACAGGCCAGUUAUACUUAUCCUUCACACUUAUCCAUACUGACCUUAUCCCUUGGAGUGGUCUGCCGUCGGCUCCCAAACUAUUAUGUCAUUUCAAUUUCAAAUUUGAUUAAUUGAAAUAAAAUCAAAAUUCCAACAUAUUAAAAACGACGUAUAUUAUGUUACUUGAAGAGUUAUCUGGAUUAUAAAAUGAGAGCUUAGGAUUUAAGGAUUUACAUGUACAGUUAAGUUCCCUGGUUACUGUGUAAAGACUGUAAAGAGUAAAGGUAAUAUUAUAAGUUUUAAAAUGUUUGUUAAUGACUAUUUUUUGCAUAAAAUAUGUUGAUAAAUUUAUCUCA